ACAAUAUCGCAUCACUGUCGGAUGGAUUAAAGUUACAAUAAGAAGACUGUGUCGCAUUCGUAAUACAGAGUAGAAGGUGAUCAGUGUAUUGUAGCGCCAGCCUUUUCGCGGUCUCUGAGAACAACACCACAAUGCCAAUUACGGACAAAGAGAAAAGAAGGAUGGAGAAGCUGGUGAACAAGCAGAAGUACGUCGAUAAAGAUUUCCCUCUAUCUUCGGGUGAAAAAAACCUAAAAUGGAAGCGCCCUCAUUUUCAAGAGAUAAACUCGUAUUGGCUCAUCGAGCUCACUGAAGCUGAAAACGUGGAAGUGGGCGACAGCACCGUGCGCUUGCUGCGUAUUCGCAACCCGUGGGGCGACAUCCAAGACACCAUGGAGUGGAAGGGCGCCUUCAGUGACGAUGAUCCGAAAUGGACCGGAGUAGAUGCAGAAACUCGAAAGAAACUAGAAUACGUGAAGGAUGAAGAUGGACAGUUUUUCAUGAAAGUAUCUCACUUCAAGAGACACUUCACACACUUUUGGAUGGCGUACAAAUCUCCUAACUUUGGAGAUUAUUAUGAAACAACUUCUCAACAAGUGGGUAACAAAGAAACAAAAUAUGACUCAAACAUAAAGAUUUAUAAUUUUUCUAACGUUUGGGAUAAAGGAAUAGUUGUGAAGGGUGAGGGAGUGGAGUAUGCCGAUAAUUUUCUCAGAAAUCCUCUGUACACUCUGACUGUAGAAGAAAACGUAGAGGAAGAAGAGUCAGAGUAUGAAAUUGAUUUAGAUGAAGAAACUGUUGAUGAAUCUGAUGAUGAAGAUGCUACUACUCCAUCUUAUAACGUUAUCAUUCAACUUAUUCAAGAUCAAAAUCGAGGCAAAUACCAUACUGAAAUAUACCCUAUUGGUAUAAGUGUAUUCCAGACGGGAGGCCGAUAUCCGAAAGAACUAGGACCUGAAAAUCUGGAAGAAUUCGAGCCACACAAGGGAUCGGUGGAACCAGUUGUUCACGGCAGCAUUGUCGCCAGAUUGAAUCUUCGUCCUGGAAAGUACAUUGUCGUCCCUUGGGUGAAGGAAGCAAGAAUGAGUCGCCCGUUCCUUAUGCGCGUUUACGCCUUACAGCGUAUCACGAUGGAAGUUGUAAUGCGAGAAGAAUAAAUUACGCGGGUGUAAAUAUGAUACCUUCUCAUAUAUAGACAAUUGCAAUAUGAAAUGAUCAUCAUUUUUUCACAAUGGAAUCUCUCAUAAUUCAUUGUUAUUAACACGAUGAAUUUUUCUAACUCCUUCUACUAAAUCACAUGUAAUAAUUUUACUUUAUAUUCCUUUAAUCAAAAACUAACACCCACAUUCGGCAGCCAAAAGUACAGGAAUAAAUGAACUUGUUAAACAGUUUUUAACGAAAUAUCGUGUUAACCAAAUGUCUUGUACUGUUUUGGUUAUAAGUCAUACGGAAAACUAGUUCACUUUCCUUCUGAUCCAAAAUUAUCUCCCCUUGGCAUUUAGUCUUACUACAUUUUCAUAUCGGUUAUGAAGUCAAACAAAGAUCAAAGUCAAAUUAGUGAAAAAAAUCACAAUUACGUUUAUGGCGUUCUUCCAUAUUGAGCCAAGAAAAAUCAACAUCAUUUUACAAAAAAAGUACGAUAAUCACGUUCUUCUAUUUUGUUGUAGGGAAUGCAUUCAUUCUUCUGAUCAUCAACUGACAAGAAAAUAAUGAAAUUAUGAGAAAUACUCAUAAUUAAUAUUUCACUAUUCUCCCACUCUUAGACAUAGUUGCGUCCCAAUGGCUUAGCUCAACUGAAUUUCAAACCCUGGGAAACACUCAGAAUCCUAGCCGCCCAAAAAUAUUUUUACAUCUCAAGAUUUGUGCAAUUAGUGAUAACUUUGCAGUAACUCAUAAAAUCAAAAUUUAUUUGUUUUCUUAAUAAUUUUGUCUGUCUAUCAGAUUUCCACGCCCUCUGACUUUGAGACCUGGAUGUAUUCUCAUUCAUAUCCGAAUGUUGCUCUUUAUUUUAAAAAACGCGUGCUUGCAGUGAUUUGAAAUGUAUCAAGAAAAUAAUAGAUUUUAAAUAGAUGUAUUGUUUCCAUGUUAAAUCUAUACAACAAUUGAUAACAAAAAAUAUAUAACUUUAUAAAGUAAUUAUUUUUAGAGACAUUAUACUUCGAUUAAUUUACUAGUGUUAUUUUUUACUGUAUUAAGUUGUGAGUUUGUGUAUUUGAUUUCUUUUUGUAUAAGAAUCCAAACUUAUAUUAAUAUGAAUAAUAAGUACUUUAGAAAUGCACAUCAAUAAAAGUGUAUUGUUUUCUGAACUUAUUAUCCUUUUAUGUAUAUUCCUGUAAUCCUAUUUUAUUAAAAUAUAUUUCACUCAUGUAUAUAAAAUCCUACAAAGUUGCCAGCAG